CAAAGUCAAGCUUUUUAAACAGUAAGCGAGAUUCAUUAGAUUCAUUCCACAUCCUUUCUUCACUUUUUUCCCUUUAUAUACCAAAAUUAGUUACAAACUUAAAAAUCAUAUCAUUUUUUAACUAUAUAUAUAUAUAUAGGUAUAUAUAAUAUGGGUUUAGUCCCAUAACAUACGUAACGAUUUCAUAUAACUUUCUAUAUAAAGUUAUACUAGUAGUAUAACUUUUGCCUCUUUUUCUCAAAUUCUUUAGUCUUUGCUCUCUUCGAGAAUUACGCAACCACAAACAAAAACCCAUAGAUAACUCAGAACUGAAAAGUUAACAAAAAAAAAUAGAGAAAGAGGAAGAGAGAGAGAGAAUGACGGCAUCAGGAGGAGGAGGAGGAGGAUCGACGGCGGCGGCGGGGAGGAUGCCGACGUGGAAAGAAAGAGAAAACAACAAAAGAAGAGAGAGAAGAAGAAGAGCCAUAGCAGCUAAGAUAUUCACCGGACUUAGAUCUCAGGGCAAUUACAAACUCCCUAAACACUGUGACAACAAUGAAGUCCUCAAAGCUGUUUGUCUCGAAGCUGGUUGGAUCGUCCACGAGGACGGCACCACUUAUCGAAAGGGUUCUCGACCAAUGGAAACAACACCGCCGUGUUCCUCAAUCCAACUCAGUCCACAAUCAUCGGCCUUUCAAAGCCCAAUUCCGUCGUAUCAAGCUAGCCCAUCCUCGUCGUCUUACCCAAGUCCGACCCGGUUUGAUCACAUUCCAAACCGGUUCGACCCGAAUCAAUCCUCGACUUAUCUCAUUCCUUAUCUCCAAAACCUAGCUUCGUCCGGAAACCUCGUUCCUCUACGAAUUUCCAAUAGUGCCCCUGUCACACCACCGCUCUCUUCUCCUAGAGGAUCAAAUCCGAGACUCCCGAGAUGGCAAAGCAGUAAUUUUCCAGUCUCAGCUCCGUCAAGCCCAACACGGCGUCUCCACCACUACACAUCGAUUCCAGAAUGCGACGAAUCUGAUGUCUCCACGGUUGAUUCAUGUCGAUGGGGAAACUUCCAACCGGUUAGCGUUUCUCAGACAUGUCCUCCGUCGCCUACAUUUAACCUCGUCGGAGAUGUGUCGGUAAAGCCAUGGGAAGGUGAGAAGAUUCACGAUGUUGGUAUCGAUGACUUGGAGCUGACGUUAGGUAACAACACAAAAGGACGCGGUAAAAACUAAAAGUUGAAAAGGGUAUAUCGUUAUUUAACUAUUAUUAGGCGGGUUUGGUCCGGUUCGGGUAUUGGAUUCUGGUUUACCCGUAGCUAAUACAGAUUGGUCGUGGUCUUCAUGACUAGUGUACAGUCUUUAUCAAUGCUUCUUCAUCUCGCAAAUCUAAUAUAUGUUUUAUUUUGUAAUGGUGGAUAAUGAAAAGAUGCAAGUGUGAAAGUGAGAGGGACCAUUCCCAUGUGGGUGAUGGGGUCAUGUGAAUGUGAUUUUUAUCUAUCUCUCUCUCUCUCUAACCACGCGUGACUGUCCAAAUUCAAUGUGCCUAUCUAUCAUUCAUCACA